UGGGAAACAAACCAGCAGCAGAGAUGACCCUUCUCCUGCAGCGAGAACUGGGCAUUGGCACAGCCAGGGUGACAUAAAGCCAACCGAAGCUUCUGAACCACGUAGUCCAGGAGCCAAAGAACCAGGGUGGGACUGCGCCUCAUCCCGUCAGGGAUGGCUCUGGAUUCCAAGGCUCAACAGGCUCCCAGACCGAGAACCGCAGUGGCUGCCAUGGCCGGGAAGCCCGUGCUUCACUACUUCAAUGCCCGGGGCAGGAUGGAGUGCAUCAGGUGGCUCCUGGCCGCAGCAGGGGUGGAGUUUGAAGAGAAGUUUAUACAGAGUCCAGAAGAUCUGGAAAAGCUAAGAAAAGAUGGGAAUUUGAUGUUUGACCAAGUGCCCAUGGUGGAGAUUGAUGGGAUGAAGCUGGUGCAGACCAGAGCCAUUCUCAACUACAUCGCCACCAAAUAUGACCUCUAUGGGAAGGACGUGAAGGAGAGAGCCUUGAUUGACAUGUAUUCAGAAGGUGUUUUAGAUCUGACUGAAAUGAUUGUGCAAUUAAUAAUAUGUCCACCAGACCAAAAAGAAGCCAAGACUGCCUUGGCAAAAGACAGGGCCAAAAACCGUUACUUGCCUGCCUUUGAAAAGGUGUUGAAGAGCCAUGGACAAGACUACCUUGUAGGCAACAGGCUGACCAGGGUGGACAUCCACCUGCUGGAACUUCUCCUCUAUGUUGAAGAGCUUGAUGCCAGCCUUCUGACCCCUUUCCCUCUGCUGAAGGCCUUCAAGAGCAACACUUAUUGA